AUGCUUCAGCACCUCGAAAAAAUAAGUUUACGAGAUUUGUUGGGCGCAGCUGGGGCCGCGGCUGCUGCAGUGGUUGGCUGCAGCAUCCUCCUGAUUCUCUACGGUAUCAUCUACCGUAUCUUCUUCCAUCCUCUAGCGAAAUACCCAGGACCAUUUCUCAGCAAGUUUACAAACUUUUAUAGCGCGUAUCAUGCCUGGAAAGGCGAUAUACAUCUUGACGUGCUACGAUGUCACCAGAUAUACGGUGACCGUGUGCGCUAUGCUCCAAAUCGUGUAUUAUUCAAUACUACGCAGGGGCUUAGAGAUAUAUAUGGACAUGGAGCACACGUGAAAAAGUUUGACGGAUACAAGGUGCUGUCGUCUCAGGCCGCAAACACCUUGACGCUCUCAGACAAGGCGCAGCACGCCCGGCGAAGACGUGUCAUCAGUCAGGCGUUUUCCGAGAGCAGCCUCCGGCUCUUUGAACCGGAUAUGAUUGCCAGAAUCGACAGAUUCUGUCAAUUCGUCGGCGGCCCUGCUGGCGCAGUCACUCAUUUGACUUUUGACCUGAUGACAGCUCUGUCUUUUGGCUCCGACUACCAUACCAUCGAGGAGUCCGAGUUUCGUUAUGUGGUGCCAGCCAUUGAAGAAUCAAAUAUUCGGUUAAGCGUCCUCUGGCAGGCGCCAGAACUGACCUUUGGUCAUCUGGAUCGCAGGCUUUUGCCACGGUCGGCCAAAGCAGCUCAACAAUUCGUUGUGUUUCUUCGCAGAUUGCUCAAGGACCGCCUACACAAGGACGGUGCGGACAGGAAAGAUAUUUUUUCUUUCUUACAAAAGUGUACGGACCCUGACACAGGCGAAGCACUGACUCCCAAGGAACUUAGCACGGAGACUGCGACUUUCAUUGUGGCUGGCACCGACACUUCAUCCACAGCCAUGGCAGGGCUGAGCCACUAUCUUGCAGGUUCAAGUCAUGCCUAUCGCCGUGCAGCGGAGGAGGUACGAUCAACCUUUACAUCCAUAGAUGAGAUCUCGCUGGGGCCGAAGCUCAACUCGUGCGCAUUCCUGCGCGCCUGUUUAGACGAGUCACUACGUCUAUCACCCCCCGGUGGUGGGCCGCUGUGGCGCGAGGUUGAGGCGAGCGGGGCUGUGAUCGGCGGUGACUUUAUACCCCAAGGCUGUGAAGUUGGUGCCGGCAUCUACGCGAUGCAGAACAGUCCGGGAAACUGGGAGGAUCCCGGUAGCUUCAAGCCGGAGCGAUGGCUUGAAAAGACGGAUGGCAGGCAGCCAUAUUUUCCUUUCAACAUUGGGCCGCGGAGCUGCGUGGGAAAGCCUCUUGCCAUUGCUCAAAUCAUGCUGACCAUGGCCCGUUUGCUCUGGGGGUUUGAUUUUCGGAGAGCAGACCUUGACAAGGAACCUGGCGAGUCGAGUGAUAUGAACACGGAGCGAUAUGUUCUCAAAGAUCAUGUUACAGGGCAGAAGGAAGGCCCAUUUUUGUGUUUUCGCCCUCGGACUUGA